AUGCUAGUGCUUGAUCAGGUAAAUAUCUAUCACUUGGUUACAAAGGGAACAGUGGAAGAGGAGAUUAUAGAAAGAGCGAAGAAGAAGAUGGUGCCGGACCAUCCCAUGAUACAACAGAUGGACACCACCAGACAGACGGUUUUGGACAAUAGCUCAGACAGAUCCAAUACAAACCCAAUCAACAAGGAGGAACUUCAGUUUGGAGCUGAAGGCCUUUUUAAAGACGCAGAAGGGGAAGAAUCUGAACCACAGGAAAUGGACAUUGAGGAAAUCUUACGCCUGGCUGAGACACAAGAGAACGAACCGUCCACAAGUGCAACCGACGAACUCCUUUCCCAGUUUAAGGUACAGGCCCAGAAAAGGAGCAUCAAAGAUCUUGGAAUUUGUAGCAUUAGCAGUGCAAUUAAAAGGACUGGUGUGGAACAGAGUGAGUGA